AUGGCUUCUGAGGAAGAACCCCCUCUUCGGAAACCCCUGUCCGGCCGCGUGGCGGCUGAAUGGCGACGGCUGGGUGUUCGUGUUCCCAGUGCCAUUUGGAAGGGCAAGAUGGAGUGCGGCGCCGUCACUAUUUCCACCAUAGAGGUCGCUGGACGGGGGGUUCGACGACAGUUGCACAGUGACUUUAGUCAACUCAGAAAGGAAGGUUGGCUGGUGGUUCAGCUUGGAGGGGUAGCUCGGACUCUCCAUCCAUGUCCCCGCGUCCCCAUGCCGCCAUCCGUCAUAGGGGCAAGGGACCACCCCUAUUCGUCGCUUCAACGGGAUUAUCACGAAAGCGGUAGCCCCCGCUAUCGCAUCGGAUCCUGCAGGCGCUUGACGCAACGUCGGAUAUUUUCCCCGGGUGGCGGCCACGUAUCGUUGACCGGCGUUCCGUCAGCCUCGGCAGUCGUAUCAACGAUACCAAGCCCGCGUAUUGGUCGAAACUCGAACCUCGCCUCAUGCGUUAUGCGAAGCCUGCGACAACGGAGUCCGAGAGAUCGCAUACGCAAGCAUGCGGCGGCAUGA